AUGGGGAAACUCAGGAGGCGAAUCCGGAGCGGGCGAAGACGAGACCCAGAAUCUGGAGCGGGCGGGGACGAGACCCAGAAUCUGGAGCGGGCGGGGACAAGAAGGGGAAUGCACCUUCGGUGCGUGUGUGAGCGGGGGCAAGGGCUGGAGGCCAGGCUCCUGGUCCAGAAGUGGCCUGACCACGGCCUGGACGGCCUGCCCCACCCCGUCCCCCCAGAUAAGCUUUUUGGGAAGCGGCUCUUGCAAGCGGGUCGGUACCUGGUGUCCCACAAGGCGUGGAUGAAGACUGUGCCCACGGAGAACUGCGACGUGCUGAUGACCUUCCCAGAUACGACGGAUGACCACACGCUGCUCUGGCUGCUGAACCACAUCCGCGUGGGCAUCCCCGAGCUCAUAGUGCAAGUCCGCCACCACCGCCGCACGCGUGCCUAUGCCUUCUUCGUCACCGCCACGUAUGAGAGCCUCCUCCGAGGGGCCGACGAGCUGGGUCUGCGGAAAGCAGUGAAGGCGGAGUUUGGCGGGGGGACCCGCGGCUUCUCCUGCGAGGAGGACUUUAUCUACGAGAAUGUGGAGAGUGAGCUACGCUUCUUCACCUCCCAGGAGCGACAGAGCAUCAUCCGUUUCUGGCUUCAGAACCUGCGAGCCAAGCAGGGGGAGGCUCUGCACAACGUGCGUUUCCUGGAGGACCAGCCAAUCAUUUCCACUCCAGGAAACCAGCCGCUGCAAGUUCACCUUCUGAUGCCAACGUGGCACCCCAUUCCUCAGACAGGCAGAACAAGCCAGGAUGUAUCCUGCGUGGUCUUCGCCUUGUUCAACGUGGUCUGGUCAACACUCUUCUUGGAGGAGUGGAAACGGAGGGGGGCAGAGCUGGCCUACAAGUGGGGGACUCUGGACUCACCAGGGGAAGCCGUGGAGGAGCCACGACCCCAGUUCAGGGGUGUGCGGCGGAUCAGCCCGGUGACGCGGGCCGAGGAGUUCUACUACCCGCCCUGGAAGCGGCUGCUCUUCCAGCUGUUUGUGAGUGUCCCCUUGUGCCUCGCCUGCCUGGCCUGCGUGUUCCUGCUGAUGCUUGGCUGUUUCCAGUUGCAGGAGCUGGUGCUGAGUGUGAAGGGGCUGCCCCGGCUGGCCCGGUUCCUGCCCAAGGUCAUGCUGGCCCUGCUGGUCAGCAUAAGUGCGGAGGGCUACAAGAAACUUGCCAUAUGGCUCAAUGACAUGGAGAAUUACCGGCUGGAGAGCGCCUACGAGAAGCACCUCAUUAUCAAGGUUGUUCUGUUCCAGUUCAUCAAUUCCUACCUGAGCCUCUUCUACAUUGGCUUCUACCUCAAGGACAUGGAGCGCCUGAAAGAGCUCCUGCUCGUCCUGUCCCUGUCCCAGAGCCUCGAGCGGCAGCUUCGGGCGGUGCUGGGCCCGCUCGUGGCCUUGCAGUUCCACCUGCUCCUCCUCUCCCUCCGGGGCCUCCUGCACCUGGCCCAGGCCAAAAUGCUGGCCACUUUGCUGAUCACCCGCCAGUUUCUUCAGAAUGUGCGCGAGGUCCUGCAGCCACACCUGUACCGGCGGCUGGGCCGAGGCGAGCUCAGCCUGCAGGCCGCUUGGGAGCUGGCCCAGGCCCUGCUUGGCCUGCUCAGCCUUCGGCGCCCUGCACCCUACCACCUUGAACCCCAGGCUGAGGAGGGUGGCGGCAGUGGUGGCAGAGGACGCCGCAGGUGUCUCAGUGGGGGCUGCGGGGCACCAGAGGAGGAGGAAGAGGCCAUAGUGGAACGGCGGCCCACGGGGGAAGGUGGGGAGGGAGGGAAUGGAUUGAGAGGGGGCAAGGAGGAGGAGGAAGAGGAGGAGGAGGAGGAGGAGGAAGAUGAGGACGAGGAAGAAGGUGAGGAGGGCGACCUCCUGGACUGCGGGCUCCGUCUAAAGAAGGUCAGCUUUGCUGAGCGGGGGGUCAGGCGACAUCGGCCAGGCCCAAGUCCGGAGGCCCUCCUGGAGGAGGGGAGCCCCACAAUGGUCGAGAAGGGGCUGGAGCCGGGCGUGUUCACACUAGCCGAGGAAGAUGAUGAGGUAGAGGGGGCACCUGGCAGCCCUGAGCGGGAGCCCCCAGCUGUCCUGCUCCGCCGGGCUGGGGGUGAGGGCCGUGACCAGGGGCCAGAAGGGGGCCCAGAGCCGGAGACUGGCUCAGGCAACUUGGCCCAGAAGCAGCGGCGGCAGAAUCGGUCCUCUUGGAUCGACCCGCCCGAGGAGGAACACUCACCCCAGCUCACCCAGGCUGAGCUUGAGAGCUGUAUGAAGAAGUACGAGGACACGUUCCAGGACUACCAGGAGAUGUUCGUGCAGUUUGGCUACGUCGUGCUCUUCUCGUCUGCCUUCCCCCUGGCUGCGCUGUGCGCCCUGGUCAACAACCUCAUUGAGAUCCGCAGUGAUGCCCUCAAGCUGUGCACGGGGCUGCAGCGGCCCUUUGGGCAGCGGGUCGAGAGCAUCGGCCAGUGGCAGGUGUGGGAGGGCCAAGGGCUCCAAGCUGAGGUGCACAGGGAGACGGGGUGCACCGGGAAGGAGCACAAGGCCCAGAGAGGGGGGCUGACCCCACCUGAGCCCCACCGUGUCCCCCCGCAGAAGGUGAUGGAGGCCAUGGGUGUCCUGGCGAUCAUAGUCAACUGCUAUCUCAUCGGCCAGUGUGGGCAGCUGCAGCGCCUCUUCCCCUGGCUCAGUCCCGAGGCGGCCAUCGUGUCCGUGGUGGUGCUUGAGCACUUCGCUCUGCUUCUCAAGUACCUCAUCCACGUGGCCAUCCCUGACAUCCCAGGGUGGGUGGCCGAAGAGAUGGCCAAGCUUGAAUACCAGCGCCGGGAGGCCUUCAAGAGACACGAGCGCCAGGCCCAGCACCGUUACCAGCAGCAGCAGCGGAAGCGGAGGGAGGAGGAGGAGCGCCAGCGCCACACAGAGCACCACCCCCGGCGGGAGCGUGACACCAGCAGCCGGGAGGAGACCCGGGCGGAGGGCUCCGGGCUGGACCCCGCUGCCCCUGAGAAGGCCUCGGCCAAGGCCAAGGGCAGCGGGGUGGGUGGCCACGGUUCCGAGCGGCCCAAGCGCCCAGGGUCCUUGCUGGCACCCAACAAUGUCAUGAAGCUGAAGCAGAUCAUCCCGCUGCAGGGCAAGUUUUUGUCAUCAGGGGCCACAUCCUCAAUAGCGGGCACUGGGCCCGGCCCCGCCGCGCGGCCCACCCCUGCUCAGUCACCCACAGGCAGCGAUACCCGCCUGCCGGCCUUCCUCAAGUUCCUCAAAUCACCCGAGACCCGGCGGGACCCCGAGCGCAGCCACUCGCCACCCAAGGCCUUCCACGCCAGCAAGCUCUUCCCCUUUGGCAGUGGAGCCCGGGCUGAGGCUGGGGCCAAUGGGGUGGGCGGGCAGGUCCGGUUGGAAGGGACCCCUGGCAGUGGCGGUGGCGGUGGCGGUGGCCGGGCCCAGCGCUGUGGGCCGGCAGACGAGGCUGCAGCUGAGGAGCCAGAUGUCCUCCGGCCGGAAGAGGAAGGCUCAGGGACAGCGCUGGCCCCAGCGGCCGCACCCCGCCAGGCCCCUGCCACCAAUGCAGAGUGCCCGCCCUGUGCCCUGGCUGGGCCCCCGCCCGCUCCCCAGCCCCUGCCAGGAGACACCAGCUUCUACAGCCUUGCACCUCUGCCUCUGCCACCAUCCUCCGAGCCCCCCGAGUCCCCCUCAGCCUCUCCGAGCCCCCAGGCUGUGUGCUGGCCCAGUGGCUGGCACUAGCUCUGCCUGGCGCCCUGCCUUCCUAUUCUCAUGCAAUAGCAGUCACCAAUGGGCGGCCACAGCCCAGAAAAUGCUUUGGCUCCCUUGGGCUCCUCCUCCUGGGGCGAGGGCCUAGCCCCCCUAUCUGCCGUUUUUCUUUUGACUAGGAUGGGGGAAAUGAACCCCCCCCCCCC